UUUCUCUUUGUCACCAAAAAAUACAAGAGAAGACAAUCAACCUAUUCCUACUCCUGUUCUGUCUGUCCGUCUGUCUGUCACAUCUCGUACAGAGCUGAACCACCCGCUUUGAGCUUGGACCCAAGUCAGAGCGCAACGCAAAAAGAAGAGCCGCCGUCGUCGAACCAUCCACCAAACCGACUAACCAACCAGACACUCUACCUUGGGUUUGUCGCCCGAGCUGAGCUAUUGUACCUAUCUAUUCUCUCUUCUAGCCCGACCCGGCCUCUCUUCGUGGUUCCGGACGCCCUGCUCACGCUUCUUUUUUCUUCCCUUUUCUCCCACGUCAAGACCAAGACCAGGACUCAAUCAAGCCGUGCAGUACCUACCUAUUUCCACGAUCGCUUCCAUUCCUGUCUCAUUCCACGGUCCUCGCCGACCGAUUCAUUCAUCUGGCUCCCCAAAGACAGGAACCGGAACCCUAAGGCUCGCGAGACCCAGAAAAACCCAGUUACUCGGCUCGCUCUGGCUUUGCCUUUUUGGCCUCUCCUUGCAGCUCUUUCAUCUCCUUACAACACGAACCACCUGCCGCCAAUUCCCACAACCCUGCACUCGCUCUUUUCAUUAUGAGUGCUGCAAUUGCCAUGGCUCCCUCUCCCGCUCCCCACGAAAGAUUCUCCAAUCCUGAACUGCCCGCUCCCUCCACGUCGGCCGCCGCCGCUAGAACUUCCCCAUCAGCACAACGUUCCUCUCUCAAUCUUUCAAAUUCGCAUGCGACAGCUCAGUCCACCAGCAGCAGCCCCAAAGCUGCUGGUCAAGGUAACAAGUCAUCACCAUCUAGCGCCUCCCGAUCCGCUGGCGCACCCCCUAGAAUUAUCGUAAAGAAGGAGCCUGCUUCUCCCAGCAUGACCAACACGCGACCUCGACCGCGCAAACUCGAUCUAUCCAAGAACACACCCAAAUCCAACCAGCCAACAUCGGCACGGCCCAUGACUGCCCGCGACGGCCUGGCUAUUCAAGAAGUUGGUAUUGCUUGCCUCUCUCCUGGCUUCGUCACCCAAGAUCCUGUCAUGAAGGAGCAGCUGCAGCGAAGUAUGUCAGUGAGAGAACAACAGCGACACAUUAUCGAGGCCAGACUUCACCAGCAAUCUGCUAAAGGAGACGGACCCGACAAGGACGCAUUCGCCGCCAAGACUCCUGGCAUGUCUCGACGAAACAAGGCCCCUCCCGGCCUCUCUAUCGUUGCUCCCUCUCAUGAACAGUUUGCCAAUGAGAGAGUUAUUCAGUCUGCGCCCCUUGGCCACAGCUUUACCGGCCGACAACACCCUGCUCCUAUGACCCGACAUAUCACCAACCAGCCAUCCAACCUGUCGAAUACUUCUCAUAUCCACCACAUUCCUGCUAACCAGACGGCCAACCGAUUGCCACCCAUCAGUGAUGUCUUUGGCCAGGGGCUUUCGGCACACCCCGACAAUGCUCCUCCUUCUCAGUCUCUUUACCCCAGUGGCCCCAGCUCUCGCGGGCCUUUGACAUCUCCCAGUCACCCACCGCCUCCUCCCCAGGCUCCAACGCCUGGCCGUGGCCGUGAGUACCGAUCUGCUGAGGAAGCUCAACAAGACCUCGCUGGCGGGCGAACAGAGCUUCUCCCCAAGCUUGUCCACUAUGGCGGACACCAGCCACCAACCCCCCCUUCUCCAGCUCCCGGCAGCCGACCCAUUGAUGCGUCGCGAAGCACAAGCAGGCGAAGGACCCGUGCCGAAUAUGAAGACGGCAGCCCACCACUGGGACAUGGACCUGCCCCUACACGCGCCCGCGGACCCUUUGGUGCCGGACGAGACAGCCCUGAUACCCAGCGAGCUAAGAAGGAAGAGUUCAUCCGUCUAUGUGAACGGGCAUGGGACCUAUUCCACUCAUAGGCGACCGCAAACGAUAAUCCACAAUAAUCUUCUCAAUACCGACCAGGCCAUCGCCUCUGGUCUCUUUUAGCCUAAUAACUAAGGCGUUAUUCUUGUUUAUUACUUCAGCACUAUUAUCUUGUGGCUUGCAUUCGAAUCGGCUCGAAAAGGUUGGAUGGUAUCGCGGUUCACGAAUGGGGGUCCACAGGGUGGACAUAAUGUUUUUGGUCAUGACGCUAUGACAUUGUGCGUCGAUAUUCUCGUUGUUCUACUUGAUUGUUUGAACAAAUUUAUUGCUCGGUUCGCAAUGUGUGAUUGUCGUUUGACUUCGCCGUUGUGAUCGCGGGUUGGGUCUAUACAAUUUCUAGGCGGUCGUAACCCAUGGAUGGGGAUAAAACAGGUCGAUUGGUGAUCUUCGAUCUGAGUAUUGGGAGGGGUUAGUUCGUUGCUCGACUCCGUUAUAUGAGCAGGACGGACAGGGUUAACCAUGUUGUCUUUUGCACGUUUAUGUCGAUUCCAACCAGAUAUUGGUUUGGAUUUAUCUGGUUUUAUGGUGGGCGAUUGCCUUGAUGGGCUUCGUGCGGUGUAUGGUUUCUGGUUUUGGGCGUUAAUCAAUGGGAUAACGUAUCUUGAAAAGGAUAUUUCGGGUUAUAUGCUCUUCAGUUUCUUUUGUGAUUUGAUUGUUUGUUGCAUAAAGCACACGGCCCAUGAGCCAUCCACAACACAUUUCA